AUGUUGGCCUAUGCAAAGUUCAUGAAGGAACUCCUCACUAAAAAGAAGAAAUACAUAGAGGAAGAGACCACUGAAGUGCAAGGCAACUGUAGUGCCAUUAUCCAGAAGCUCCUCCCUCAGAAAUUCAAGGAUCCGGGUAGCUUCAUCAUCCCUUGCACUAUAGGGAAGCUAGCUAUUGGGAAAGCCUUGAUUGACUUGGGUGCUAGCAUCAAUAUAAUGCCUCUUUCCUUAUUCAAGAAGAUUGGAGAGCUAGAACUCAAGCCCACUCGGAUGACUCUACAAUUGGCUGACAGAUCCAUCAAGUAUCCACAUGGUGUGGUGGAGGAUGUACUUGUUAAAGUUGAUAAAUUUGUGUUCUCGGUGGAUUUCGUUAUCAUGGAGAUGAAGGUGGAUGUGGAUGUGCCUCUCAUUCUUGAAAGGGCGUUUAUGAAGACGACAAGAGUGCUUAUUGAUGUUGAUGAUGGCAAGCUCAAGCUGCAUGAAGGUGAAAAGGGAGAGAUACAUAUUUCAUCCCCUCUUAUGAAGACCCUCAUUGAUGCACAUGAAUCUCUCAAUGAGGAAGAAGAGAGAAUUCUUGAAGAGUGUUUGACGGAUCUUGAUGUGCUCAAGGAGAUUCCAACUCAAGAAAUGAAGAUUGAAGACCUGAAGACUGAUGCCAUGGUUGAAGAGAAGAAGUUGAAGUUGAAGAUGUUAACCUCUCACUUAAAGUAUGUUUUUCUAGAAUAG